AUGGCCAUGAGUUCGUAUAUGGUGAACUCUAAGUACGUGGACCCCAAGUUUCCUCCGUGCGAGGAAUAUUUGCAGGGUGGCUACCUAGGCGAGCAGGGAGCAGAUUACUACGGCAGCGGCGCGCAGGGCUCCGACUUCCAGCCCUCGGGGCUCUACCCACGGCCCGACUUCGGCGAGCAACCCUUCGGAGGCGGUGGGCCCGGGCCUGGCUCCGCGCUGCCCGCGCGGGGUCACGGACAGGAGCCGAGCGGCCCGGGAAGUCACUACGGGGCCCCGGGAGAGCCUUGCCCAGCGCCCCCGCCUGCGCCCCUGCCGGGAGCUCGGGCCUGCAGCCAGCCCACCGGCCACAAGCAGCCGCCCCCCGGGACAGCGCUCAAGCAGCCCGCUGUGGUCUACCCCUGGAUGAAGAAGGUGCACGUGAAUUCGGUGAACCCCAACUACACCGGCGGGGAGCCCAAGCGUUCCCGGACGGCCUACACCAGACAGCAAGUCCUAGAACUGGAAAAGGAAUUUCAUUUUAACAGGUAUCUGACCAGACGCCGACGGAUUGAAAUCGCUCACACCCUGUGUCUGUCAGAGCGUCAGAUCAAGAUCUGGUUCCAGAACCGGAGGAUGAAGUGGAAAAAGGACCACAAACUGCCCAACACCAAGAGCAGGUCCUCUUCGUCUUCCUCAUCUUCUUGCUCCUCUUCAGCUGCCCCCGGCCAGCAUUUGCAGCCAGUGGCCAAGGACCACCACACGGACCUGACGACCCUAUAG